AUGACAGCUCCCGAGACCGACCCGGUGGUCGAUGGCCCAACCCGGAUUCUAACCUCGGUUCUGGAACAAAUCCCGGGCGUGGUCGCCUUCAAGGGCAAAUGGGCUGUCAUCAAAUCCAAACUCGACGACCUCCACACCCUGCUCCUCGAUUCCAGCGACUUCCCGGCUUCCACUUCCAACCUUCUCUUCCUCGACCUCCUCCGCUCAAUCUCCCACACCCUCGACGACGCCGCCUUGCUCGCCGCCAAAUGCCAGUCCUCCAAUUUCCUAUCCGAAGGCAAGCUCAAGACCCAGAGCGACCUCGACUCCGUCCUCGCCAGGCUGGACCGCCACGUCAGCGACGGCGAGCUUCUCAUCCGCAGCGGCGUCCUCCACGACGUCUUUUCCGGCUCCUCCUCCAAGCGCGACGCGGUUCGAGCCGAGUCCAGGAACUUGUUGACCCGGCUCCAGAUCGGGGGUGCUGAGUCCAGGAACUCGGCGAUUGACUCGCUCCUCCGUCUCCUCGGGGAGGACGACAAGAACGUCAUGAUAGCUGUCGCUCAGGGAAUAGUCCCCGUGCUCGUCCGAUUGCUCGAUUCCAACUCAUGGGAGAUGAAGGAGAAGACUGUGGCCGCCAUUUCUAGAGUCUCGAUGGUUGAAAGCAGCAAGCACGCGUUAAUCGCUGAAGGCUUGCCGCUGCUCAACCACUUGAUUCGGAUCCUGGAAUCGGGUACUGGUUUCGCCAAGGAAAAAGCCUGCAUCGCUCUCCAAUCCCUAACCCUUCCCAUGGAAAACGCUAGAGCAAUCGGGUCCAGAGGUGGGAUUUCUUCCCUGUUGGAUAUUUGUCAGGCGGGAACGCCAGCCUCUCAAGCUUUCGCAGCGGGGGUGUUGAGGAAUCUGGCGGCGGUGGAGGAAACCAGAGAGAAUUUCAUGGAGGAAAAUGCUGUGUACGUUCUCAUGGGUCUGGCGGCAUCAGGGACUCCAUCAGCGCAGGAAAAUGCAUUUGGGUGUUUAUCCAGUUUAGUGAAAGAAGAUGAUGAAUUGAAGGUCUUGAUUGUUAAGGAAGGAGGGAUGGAGUGUUUAUCCAAUUUCUGGGAGUCAUGUCCUCCAGUGAGAUGCCUGGAAGCUGCGCUUCAACUAAUCAGCCAUUUGGCUUCAAACGAGGCAAUAGCUGAAGUGCUGGUUUCACAUGGGUUCGUCUCUAAAGUGACAUCGGUGUUGAAUUGUGAGGUUUUAGGGGUGAGGGUAGCGGCAGCCAAAGCUGUUUACCAGCUCGGGUACAGUUCUAGAAGCAGGAAGGAAAUGGGUGGAAGUGCAGAAGGGUGUGUGAGCUUGCUGAUCAGGAUGUUAGAUGGUAAAGGAGUGGAAGAGAAGGAAGCAGCAGCCAUGGCAUUGUCCCGCCUGGUUCUGUGUCCAGGGAACAGGAGGGUUUUCAGAAAAGACGAGAGAGGGCUGGUUACUGCUGUUCAGUUGCUGGAUCCAAAUGUGGAGAAUUUGGAUAAGAGGUAUCCAAUCGCGAUAUUGUCAUCGCUUGUUCAUUCCAGCAAGUGUGCGAAGCAGAUGGUUGCAGCUGGUGCUUGUCUGCAUUUGAGAUCGCUGGUCGACAUGGAAGUGGAAGGUGCUAAGAAGCUGUUGGAAGGUCUUGGCAAGGGCAAGAUUUGGGGUGUCUUCGCCAGACCCUAA